AUGGCGUCGUUGAGAAACCGAUGUUGCGUCCUAGUGACUUUGAUCUUCCUUUUGGGCGUUUGGGCUUGCCAAGCCGCGGGUCGGACCCUCCAGGGAGACGAUCCCAUGUACAAGAUGCACGAGCAGUGGAUGGCCCGUUACGGGCGUGUGUACAAGGACGUGGACGAGAGGCAAAGCCGUUUCGAGAUAUUCAAGGCGAACGUACGAGGCAUCGAGUCGUUCAAUCGGGCAAACAACAGGCCUUACAAGCUCGGCGUCAAUCAGUUCGCCGACCUCACGAACGAAGAGUUCGGGGCGAGGAACCGAUUCAAGUCGCACAUGCGCUCCACCAAGGCCGCGUCUUUCAAGUACGCAAACGUCUCCGCGGCGCCUUCUAACGUGGAUUGGAGAAAGAAAGGAGCCGUGACGCCGAUCAAGAGCCAGGGCCAUUGUGGAUGCUGCUGGGCCUUUUCAGCGGUGGCAGCUGUGGAAGGAAUCAAUGAAAUAACCACAGGUAAGUUGGUUUCUCUCUCCGAGCAAGAGCUGGUCGACUGCGACGUCGGCAGCGACGCCCGAGGAUGCGAAGGCGGCUGGAUGGGCAGUGCGUUCGAGUUUGUCGAGAAGCACGGCCUCACAACCGAGACGAGCUAUCCCUACGUGGCCACGGAAGGCGAAUGCAAUGUCAAAUCGGAAUCGAGCCGCACCGUGACCAUAAAGGGCCAUGAAGCCGUUCCCGUGAACAGCGAGGGGGCAUUGCUGAAGGCAGUUGCCAACCAGCCAGUUUCCGUCGCCAUCGACGCCAGAGGAUUACAGCUCUACUCUGGCGGCAUGUUCACCGGACCCUGCGGGACCAAUUUGAACCACGGUGUUGCCGUGGUCGGAUACGGGGCCACCAACGAUGGCACCAAAUAUUGGCUGGUGAAGAACUCGUGGGGAGAGGAAUGGGGAGAGGAAGGAUACAUAAGGAUGCAGAGAGAUGUCGGUGCCGAAGAAGGCCUCUGCGGCAUCGCCAUGGAGGCCUCCUAUCCCACUGCAUGA